GAUUAAAUUAAAUCCAACAAUUAAAAUUUAAUUAUACUAAUUUAAAUAGUAAAUGAUGACUUAAAAAUUCUAAUGUCAGAAAAAAGAUCAAGAUUUUAAAAUGGCUAACCAUAAAAAUUUAACUUCACCCGACAACUCAACCAAAGUAUCAAAAUUAAUUCCCCCGCAAAAAUUGACUGAUAACUUUGAAUUAAAUAGCAUCAAAAGUCACCCAGAUAUUAAUCACGUUGCUGAAUAUAUAGAUAAUAAAUUUUACUUUGCAAUCUUGACUGAAGGUAAAAAUCUACCAAAGAGUAUAGCUGACGUGCAUUUUUUCAGUAUUGACGAUGAAUUAAUUUAUCAGAAUUUUUUCAACGAUUUUGGGCCAUUAAAUCUCAGCUGCUUAUACAAAUAUUGUUGGAAGGUUAGUAAAAAGCUGAACAAUCCGCGUUAUUGCGAUAAACAAAUAGUUCACUACUGUAUAAAAAGCAAUGAAAAAAAAGCUAACGCUGCAUUUUUAAUUUCGUCUUUUGCUGUUUUAUGUCUAAAUAAAUCUCCUAAAGAUGCGUAUAAACCAUUACUAGACGCUAAUAUAUCACUGAAACCUUUUCAAGAUGCUUCGAUAGGACACUCUAUUUAUCAUAUACGAUUACAAGAUUGUUUGAAUGCGCUGUUUAAGUCUGUAGCUUUCGGAUUUUUAAAUUUGAAUGAUUUUGAUGUAAGUGAAUAUGAAAAAUAUGAAAAAGUCGAGUAUGGCGAUAUGAAUUGGAUAGUACCACAAAAAUUCUUAGCAUUUUCGGGGCCAAGUACUGAGCCAGGGACUCUAUAUCAUGCGCCUGAACGUUACCAUGAAUAUUUUAAAGAAAAUAAUAUAAGUACAGUCAUAAGACUGAAUAAAGAAUCUUAUGACUCAUCAAGGUUUACUAGGAUUGGUAUCAAUCAUUAUGAUAUUUAUUUACCGGACGGAAGUAUACCAUCACGUAAAGUUCUCUAUCAAUUUUUGUACAUCAGUGAGGUAACAAAUGGACCGAUUGCAGUUCAUUGCAAGGCAGGAUUAGGACGAACCGGUUCAUUAAUUUGUGCUUAUUUGAUAAAACAUUACAAAAUGACCGCCAAAGAAGCUAUAGCAUGGACACGAAUUUGUCGGCCUGGUUCAGUAAUAGGUCAUCAACAAACAUGGUUAGAAAGUAUGCAGAAAGAAUUACUUUUUAGUGGCCAGCAAUAUCGGAUGAAGCACUUUAGUGAAGUUGAUAAAAUUUUUCACCAUAAAUAUGGAAUGUACUCAAUAGUCCAAAAAAUCGAGCGAAAAAAUAAUAGUGUGAAAUUACCAAAAAAUUUAACUUUCCGACAAUACUUCAAACUUGAUAGCGUUGAAAAAAAUAAAAGUGAUGAUUUAUCAUGGAAACGUAAACUAUCUAAUAAUGAUAUUUCGACAAAAAAUAAACAGCUUAAAUUUAUUAAUUUCUUUGGUACCAAUGGUUCUAUUUGUGAUUACAUAGUGAGAAAAUUUGGUGGUUUAUCGGAAAGAGAAUCAACGUCAUCUGAAAAGCAAACUGACAAAUCGUCUAAUUCAAAAUUAGGGAAACGAAAUUCAACAGAUGAAUUGACAGUGGUUAAUCAUCAAAUGAAUAAGUCUUCUGACGUAUUAACUCAAGGCGACCUUUUGAAAAAAAUUAAAAUU